AGGGCGGAAGUGCAUUUGAGAACCGGAAGUAGGUGAAAGGCGGGCGUGCGUGGCCAUGUCUGCGUCGUUGCUACGGCGGGGCCUGGAGCUACUGGAGGCACCGGGCCGGGGGAAGGCCACGCCGGGACUCCAGCAGGGGCGUGAUGGCAGCAGGCCGGCAGGAGCUGCCCGGCGGAGGAAGGUAAUGGUGGGGCCUGGGAAGAGCAAGGCCACGAUCAAGGGCAGAGUGGUGAAGUCGGCGAUAGAGGAGUAUCGCAAGAAGAAAGCUGUAAAUCACCUCAAAGCAAAUUUGCAGUACAUGACAAGCGGACGAUGCGUUGCUGACAAAGCUGUCACCCAACAAGUUCUUACACAGAACAGAGGCAGAAAGUCAAAAGAUCGGCCUGCAGAGAAGAAGGAAAAGAAGAAGCCUGAGGGCACUGUCUUUACUGAGGAAGACUUCCGUAAAUUUGAGAGAGAAUAUUUUGGAAUCCCAUAAACAGCAUGUAAGGAACUCUUGCAGCUCAAGUCCAUCUGCAGCUGAGUGCUCAGAACGCAACAGUGGCUACUUCCUCAGCAUGUUUGAGAAUGGAUGUAGAUCUGUCACUUUGUCAACAAAUAAACUAGCAUCAGGCUUGCAGAGUAACUGCACCUGUCCAGAACUCACUGCUGGAGCCAUGGAAGUUCUCUUUGGUCUUUGCAAUACAUUGUCCUUACAAUUACUUCCCUCCAGCCAGCAAGUCUUGCAUUCUUGACAUAGAAAGGUGAACUAAUAAAAAAAAAAAUCAUGUUCUUCAGUAAGUAAGGCAUCUGCUGCUGGUCUCCAAAUCAAUGGAGAUACGUUUUGGACAGCAGAAGUAAAUCAUUAAGAGGGAAGGAUGCUUCAAAAGACUGAAAUCCAAGUACUCCUGCAGUUUCUGUCAUUAUUACAACACCUGUCAGGUUUUUCUGGCAUUGUAAAAAAUUUUGUAUGCGUUGUACGACUAAACAGUUGUUGUUACAGGUGCUGCCUGUCUUUGCCUUUGUGAUAGCGAUUGUUAUGAGUGGCUAUGAUUGAAGAAGACAGACCAGAUCAUUGUUCUGAUCCAAGCAUUCCUGUCACUAGGAUGACUCAGUUGUAUGAAUGUCCCGUCUCUGAUUCCUCUUGACAUGUGUAUUAAUCUUCUCUCCUACAUGCUCAGGCUUUCAGAGUGCAGGUUGGAACUGAGGUGACUCCUGUUCUGCCUGCUCAGUCACCCCUCUCCAAGAAAGAUGUCUUAAAUGGAGAAAGCUGUUUCUCAUGCUUCAACCCAAGCUUUUCUUCUGAGGUUACAGCUGUCCUAGGAGGGCAUUGCUGCUGGAUGCUGCCAGCUCCUGUAGGCAGGAAUGCUUGUGACCCAGAAGUCAAGUCUCAGCACGAGGAUUUAGUCAUCUGAACCAGAGGCUGUGGUGCUGGACUGAAGGGAUGGGGUUUUUGUGUGGUUUGCUUUUUUUUUUCCCAUACUGCUAAAUUCCCUACUGCAGUAAGUAAAUGGCCCAGCAGGUGGGAGUGUUGUUCCAGAUUAUCUUCUUUGGUAAACUACUGUAAAUGUGCUUUUUGGAGCUCUUGUCACUGCCCUUUCCCACCCCUUCCUUAAGAAAAUGGGAAGCGUUCUCCCUUUGGACAAAAAAAGAGGCAGUUACUAAUAAUGCCAACCCUUGGUUAGAACUAACUCCUGAGUCUGAGUAGCUUGGUUCAGAUGUUAGCAGUGGAAGGAAUUUGGUAUCCUCCUGGUGCAUCAUUAAGUCUGUACCACCUGUGUUCUGUUCUUUCCAUUGUGUCUGCAUGGAAGGGAAGGUCACACAGAUGUACUUUGUCCAAACAGGGAAAAUAGUGAACAUACUAAAGUAUGUGUUCUGGAAACUGUGUUAAGAGCAUGUGGGAUGGGAUUUCUCAUAAUAAAAUCAGUUCAACUGUUUGCAGCCAAAAGUGGUAAAUAAAACAGUUCAAGAGCCGG